AUGAACGCCCACGGUAUUCAGCGCAAUGAUGCGCAGCAAGAACAGUCUGAUUCUUCGGCUUCGGCUGACAAGAAUGCCGUUUCGGUGGGGGACAAUGUUGUCGGUUCGAGAUCGGGGAGCGUGACGCAUGCAAAGUCGGCGUUGGAGAAGGCGAAGCAUCGAUUUUGGACGUUUUGCAAGUUUAUCGGGCCGGGGUUCAUGAUUUCUGUGGCGUAUAUCGACCCUGGAAACUAUGCCACGGACAUUGCAGCCGGUGCGUCCUACCAGUAUAAGCUACUCUUCAUCGUCCUGCUCAGCAACCUCUUCGCCAUCCUCCUCCAGUCACUCGCCAUUCAACUCGGUACCGUCACUGGUUUGGACCUCGCAUCGGCAUGUCGCGCCUAUUUGCCCCGCUGGUUGAAUUACUUCCUGUACGUGCUGGCUGAAGUUGCCAUUAUUGCGACGGAUAUGGCCGAAGUUAUCGGCACAGCUAUUGCGUUGAACCUAUUGAUUCCCAAACUGCCCCUUGUGGCAGGCGUUGCCCUGUCCAUUGUAGACGUCAUGGCGAUUUUGAUCUUUUAUAGACCCGAUGGUGCGAUGAAGGGGCUGAGAUUGUUCGAGCUGUUUGUGUGUCUUUUGGUUUUGGGGGUCGUAGUCUGCUUCUGUAUACAGUUGAGCAUGAUUACCGGGAAUGUUAGGGACGUGUUCAGAGGAUAUGUCCCUUCCAAGGAGCUCGUUGAGUCGCAAGCACUCUAUCAAGCUUGUGGUAUACUUGGAGCGACCGUCAUGCCUCACAGCUUGUAUCUGGGCUCUGGUAUCGUGCAGCCCCGACUCCGGGAUUACGAUACCAGGCAUGGCCUUUUGCCAGUUGAACCUGCCUCUGCCGCGUCCUCUGCAACCAACGACGACUUCCUCGAUAAGGCGAAAUACAUUCCGUCUCAGGCCGCCAUCAAGCAUUCGCUCAAAUAUUCCAUUACAGAACUGGCCCUCGCGCUCUUCACCUUCGCCCUGUUCGUCAACUCAGCCAUUCUUGUCGUGGCCGGCGCCUCGCUGUACCAGAACCCAGAUGCGCUCGAAGCCGACAUCUUUGGCAUCCACGCCCUGCUGUCUAGAAGCAUCUCGCCUGCCGUGGGCACAAUCUUUGCUCUGGCGCUUUUGCUGUCUGGCGUUUCUGCAGGAAUUGUCUGUACCAUUGCAGGACAAAUGGUCAGCGAAGGUGCCAUCAACUGGAAGCUCAAGCCUUGGCUGCGCCGACUCAUCACUCGCUCCAUCAGUAUCACGCCAUCUAUCAUUAUUGCCGGGGCGGUGGGCAGGCAAGGAUUGAAUACGGCGCUGACAGCUUCCCAAGUUGUUCUCAGCUCUGUGCUGCCAUUUGUCACACUACCCCUGAUUUACUUUACCAGCCGUUCGAGAUAUAUGACUGUUUUACCGGGAAUGGCACGAUACUACAAUGAAACAGAGGAUGAGAGUCGUUUAGUCGGAAACGGAAGUGGCGGCGUGAACAUGUCGAAUCGGUGGUACAUUAUUAUUCUGGCAAUGCUGGUGUGGUUGGUCAUUACGGUUAUGAAUGUGGCCAAUUUGGUGUUGCUAGGUCUUGGCAAGACUUGA